GGUUAAAAAGCAAGUUGGGACUUCCUCCUUGAACAGUUAGUUGCCUUUUCCUCUCACACAAGGGAGAUUUCAUUUUGUUUGAAACUCGAUAUAGUUGAAACCAAACCACACACUAAAGAGAGAGCAUGAUGGCCAAGAAGCCCCCAAAACCAGCCCCUCGCAGGAUCUUCCAGGAAAGGUUAAAGAUGACUGCUCUACCCUUGUACUUUGAAGGUUUUUUAUUAGUCAAGCGGUCGGGAUACCGGGAGUAUAAACAUUAUUGGACAGAGUUGAGAGGAACUACACUUUUCUUUUAUACUGACAAAAAAAGUACAAUAUACGUUGACAAAUUAGACAUAAUAGACCUCACCCGCCUUACUGACCAGAGCUCAGCUGAAAAGAAUUGUGCAAAAUUCACCCUUGUUUUACCAAAAGAGGAAGUGCAACUGAAGACGGAGAACACAGAAGGUGGGGAAGAAUGGAGAGGCUUCAUUCUUACGGUAACAGAGCUGUCAGUUCCCCAACAUGUGUCACUCCUACCCGGGCAAGUAAUUAGACUGCAUGAAGUCCUCGAGAGAGAAAAGAAAAGGAGGAUUGAGACAGAGCAGCUGCCAAGUACGUCUGUGGAGAAACAGAAGGAACCAACUGAAGAUUAUGUGGAUGUACUAACCCCUAUGCCAGCAUGUUUCUAUACAGUGUCCCGGAAAGAAGCAACCGAGAUGCUUGAGAAGAACCCUGCCCUGGGAAACAUGAUCUUGAGGCCUGGCAGUGACAGUAGAAACUACUCCAUCACUAUCCGGGAGGAGAUAGACAUGCCGAGAAUCAAGCACUACAAAGUGAUGAGCAUAGGAAAAAACUACACUAUUGAACUGGAAAAACCUGUCACACUCCCAAACCUUUUCAGCGUCAUUGAUUAUUUUAUGAAGGAGACUCGAGGGAAUUUAAGACCAUUUAUAUAUUCAACUGAUGAAAAUCUUGGCCAAGAACUCAACAUGGAGGGCAGAAAUGAGAAGCUGAAGAAAAAUCCACACAUCGCAUGAAAUAAAAUGUGAAAAGUACUCCUUCACGUAUCUUGGUAAUUUUUAUUUUCAAAGGAAGAUCUUACUUUUAGAGAAUUACCUCUAUACUCCUGAUCCUGAUGACCAAGUCAGUCACCUGGACACCAAAUAAAACACUGUAGCAUACAAUUUCAUUAUCUUAUCAGAAUGAAAUCAAUUCACUGGGAAACCAUAGACUAUGGCUGUGGGGGUAACUCCUAGUACAUGCAUUCCCAUGAACUGAUAAAAGUUGAAAACAUAGUACUUUCUAGAUGGAGUUUUUAUUUUCCUAGGCUUCAAUUAAAUACAUUUCCCCUAUACAAUUUCCACAGCAGAUUCUCUAGUUUUCCUAAAUCCUACCAAUUCCAAAAAAAACCCCACUAGGUUUUGGUUGAAAUCUGAUUUGACCAAUUUAUCAAAUAUAAGUCAUUUUAAUAAUCAAGUUAGAAGCCAGAGACAUGAAAUAUACUUGGAGAAGCCCUUUUCCAACAGAAAUAGUCUAUGCCCUAUUUUUUGUUACUGGAAAUAAAUGAAAUUUAUUUAUUCCAUGUUUUUCUCUGAUAACAUCUUCUUGCUAGCUCAAAAUCAACUCAUAACUCCUUACAAAGAUGGCAAAAGGCUGUAUCAUCACCUUCUUUCACAAGUAUAGCACAGUCUGAGCCUGAUUAUAAAUACCUAGAGUUCCUUAAAAAUACUAAUCCCUUAGCCCCAGACUACAUUUACUGAAUCAAAAUCUCAGAGAUAUUUUUAAAAGUUCUCUAUUAUUUUAAUUAUUAUUAUUUUUUUUUAGAGACAGGGUGUCUGU